CAAACGAGUGGGAUAAAUAAAAAAUGACACUCAAAAUUUAAGUAUAAGCCACAGUAGUAUACCACCACCAAAAAUUUACCAAAUCUAAAUAGGAAAAUUGUCAAUUCACAAAUAAUGCGAUUUUAUAUAUUUUAUUAAUGCGACUCUUUCUCACGUUUGGGUAUAUGGAACCAGCCAAAUGGAAUCGGUCGAACUGCACAGAGUGACCGAUAUAUAUCUUGGAAAAUGAAUAAGGAUAAUUAAAUUUUGAAAACGGCAAUAGACAUUUUGAUUAUCAGGGUAAGACUUUUUUAAUUUUCACCAGUCGUCACCGAUAUUCACAAUUAUUCAGGUCAGUAUUUGUCAUCACGUUGUAUCAAAAUGAUAAAUAAUACAUAUCGUUAGGAACAUAUUACAUUCUAAUUUAGUUCCUUCCGUUCGCAUAAUAAAAUUAAACUGAUAUGCAAAUUUUUCUUCGUAUAAAUAUAUAUUUUCAAGCAUGCAACGAUACUACAAGGUAGGCACGAAAAUGAAUUCUUUGUUAAUAUUACUCGUGGCGUUUAUUAGGUCAUACGGCGUGGCCGGUGUCAAAAUAAUCUGGGACAAUUCGGUUGAUUACAAUUUUAACGAUUUUGAUAUUUCCUCACGAGCCGACGAAGUUCGUAUGCCUAACCGAUUUUUUAUCUAUCCAGGAACGAAAUGGUGCGGGGCCGGUAAUAUCGCGGAAAGUGACGAUGAUUUUGGGAUUCACAGAGACACCGACAAGUGUUGUAGGAAUCACGACUACUGUCCAGAUAUCAUUGAAGGUUUCCAAACGAGAUAUAAUUUAACUAAUCCCUCGUUCUAUACAAGGCUAAACUGCAAGUGCGAUAGGGAUUUUUAUCAAUGUUUAAAAACGGUUAAAUCGGCAACAUCUGGGCAAGUCGGUAAUUUAUAUUUUACGGCUCUAGGGACCCAGUGUUACAAGAAUGAAUUCCCCGUAACGGGAUGUGAUAAAUAUAGCUAUUUCCCGAGAAAGAAAUGCCUGAACUACACAUUCGACAGAACAAAAGAAAAAGAGUACCAAUGGUUCGAUCUACCCAACUUUUAAGAUACCCAC